CCACGUGGAGGAUGUUCCACCACUAUCCAUGCAAAUUUCCCUCGCUUCAAUUUCGUAAUUCAAUCUAAUUUUUCAACAAUUCUUUUUUUUUUUUGGUUUCAAAGGAAGAUCUCUCUGAAAACAUCGAUGGGCAAACACAGUAAUCCGAAUGCAGUUGAAACUGGAGCGGCGGCUACAGAUCCGGUGUGGGAAUGCGAGGGAAAAGGAGCGUGUGAAUUGAGACAGAGGCGAUUUGCUGAUACCAUCAUGCCUCAUAUCCUCAACUUGUAUGGGUCUUGCGCAAAAGCCAAGGAUUUUGACAUGUAUGCACUAAAUGCUUCGUUUGAGGACCCUUUAACUCAUGCUCAAGGGGUGAAGCAAAUCAAAUCAGCAUUUUAUUCACUCUCCAAAGUGUUUGGUGAGUCCAAAAUAGUUGAGUAUCAUAUUCAGGAAAGUGAUAUCGCACCGGGAAAGAAAGAGAUACUAAUUGACAACAAACAACAUUACAAGCUCCUGGGAAAGAACAUUCAGAUGAUCUCUCUAAUUAAACUGUAUGUCGAGAACAACAAGAUUGUCCGACACGAAGACUGGUGGGACAAGAAACCGCUAAGGAACAGAGACACUGUUAGCUUCCCGUUAGUCGGGCGGGCAAUGGAGAUGGGUCGAAGAGGCUUGAUGCUAGCGACUCAUGCCAUGAUGGGUUUCGGUAAAGAUCCUAGCUCGCAUUGAGUUGAACUUUAAAAGGAGAUUCUUCAGGAAAAACAAAAAAAAGACAGUAUACUGUAGUAUCUAGAGUCUUCAAAACACUCACUGAGGUUGAUGAACUCCUUAAAUGUUUGUAAGAUGUUAAACGUAUUGUUGGUUUUUAGUCUCUUUUUCUACUUCUCGUA